UUUUUUGGUAAGCCCAUCCGGUUUCCAAGGCUUCGCCCUGACUAAUCCGGAUCCGACCCGCGUCGCGCACCUGGCAUGGUGGGUGAGUCUACCAGUGGGAAUUUUCUGCAUUCACAAGGACUCGAACCCGAAACCUUGCUUAAGCGAUAUCAAGCCGCUUACCACUUGAACCAACCCCAUUGGUGCCUUAGAGCUUCAUUUUCAAUCAACAACAGACAACAUUUUGUCAAGUUCACGAAACAAACAAUAGCAAUGACACUGUACAUGCCUUUAUUUAGGGCAUGCACAAGUUUAAGACCGCUAACCCAACUCCAUUCCCAUCUCUUAGUCACUGGUCUCCACCAUGAUCCACAAGCAACUACAAAGCUCAUUGAGUCAUAUUCUCAAAUGGAUUGUCUUCAAUCUUCUAAGCUUGUCUUUGAAACCUUUCGAACCCCAGAUUCUUUCAUGUGGGCAGUUCUCAUUAAGUGCCAUGUCUGGUCUAAUUUCUUUGGAGAAGCCAUUUCACUGUAUAAUAAAAUGAUACACCAAGAAAUACCCAUCAGUGACUUCAUAUUUUCUUCAAUUAUUAGAGCUUGUGCUGGUUUUGGUGAUCUGGGUAUUGGUUUAAAGGUUCAUGGGAGGAUUAUUAAAUGUGGGUUUGAUGAUGAUCCAGUGGUUGAGACCUCACUUCUGGGUAUGUAUGGCGAUUUAGGUUGCGUAAGUUAUGCCCAGAAGGUGUUUGUUAAUAUGUCUACGAGAGACUUGGUUUCUUGGAGUUCAAUUAUUUCUUGUUAUGUUGAUAAUGGGGAGGCGAGUAAAGGUUUGGAAAUGUUUCAAUUACUACUGGCGAAUGAUGUCGAAUUGGAUUCUGUAACAAUGCUUAGCAUUGCAGAGGCUUGUGGUGAACUUGGUUUUUUGAGGCUAGCCAAGUCAGUUCAUGGUUACAUAGUAACCAAGAAAAUUGGAACUCGCGGACCGUUAAACGACUCUCUUGUUCUAAUGUAUAGCAAGUGUGACGAUAUUUUCAGUGCAGAGAGGAUCUUUGUAGAUGUAAUGAAUAAGAGUACUGCUUCAUGGACAGCUAUGAUUUCGUGCUACAAUCGAAAAGGUUGGCUUAGAAGAGCACUAGAAGUUUUUGUUGAAAUGCUGGAAUCAAAAGUAGAGCCGAAUGUAGUUACUAUUUUGGCUGUUCUAAGCUCUUGUGCUGGGUUUAGCCUUCUUAGAGAAGGGAAAUCUGUUCAUUGUUAUUCAAUUAAGCAUAUUGAGCUCUAUGAUGAUUCAUUAGGGCCACCAUUAAUAGAAUUAUAUGCUAAAUGUAGUAAACUGAGUUACUGCGACAAGGUUAUCCAUACUAUUGGGAAAGGAAAUGUUGUAUCAUGGAACAUGCUUAUAUCAGUGUUUGUAUCAGGAGGGUUGUUUAAAGAAGCAUUGGAAAUAUUUGUGCAGAUGCAAAGACUAGGACUGAUCCCAGACUCGUAUAGCCUUUCAAGUUGUGUCUCCGCUUGUGCAAAUGGGGGCUUACUAUGGUUUGGACGUGAACUGCAUUGUUAUGCAGUUAAAGGACAUAUUUUGGAUGAGUUUGUACAGAAUUCGCUAAUCGACAUGUAUUCGAAAUGUGGUUUUGUCGAUUUGGCUUACUUGGUAUUUAACAGGAUCGAGCGGAAGAGUGUUGUAGCUUGGAAUUCUAUGAUUUCUGGAUUUUGUCAGAAUGGUAAUUCUUUGGAGGCCAUUAGUCUCUUUGAUGAAAUGUAUAUAAACUGCCUUGACAUGAACGAGCUGACGUUGUUGGCUGCUCUUCAAGCCUGCUCACACAUGGGACAUCUUGGAAAGGGAAAAUGGUUGCACCAUAAAAUCAUUGCCUACGGUGCAAAGAAUGAUCUGUUUAUUGACACUGCCCUAAUCGACAUGUAUGCAAAGUGCGGAGAGCUUCCAACAGCCCGAAAGGUUUUCGAUAGCAUGUCGGAAAAGAGUGUGGUGUCAUGGAGUGCAAUGAUUGCCGGAUACGGAACGCACGGUAACAUAGAUGCUGCGAUCUCUCUGUUCACUCAAAUGAUUCAAAUUGGAAUAAAACCAAAUGACAUAACCUUCAUGAACAUUCUAUCAGCUUGCAGUCAUUCAGGAUAUGUGGAAGAAGGGAAGCUGUACUUUAAUUCAAUGCAGGAUUUCCGAGUUGAGCCUAACUCGGAACACUUUGCUUGUAUGGUUGACCUGUUAAGUCGUGCUGGUGAUCUCGACGAAGCCUACCGAAUAAUAAAGUCAAUGCCACACCCUGCAGAAGCUAGCAUAUGGGGUGCUUUACUUAAUGGUUGUCGAAUUCAUCGGAGAAUAGAUAUGAUCCGACGCAUUGAAAAAGAGGUAUCAGAGAUGAAGACAGAUGAUAGUGGAUAUUACACCUUAUUGUCUAAUAUAUAUGCAGAAGAAGGUAAGUGGGAUGAAUGUAAGAAAGUAAGAUCAGCAAUGAAAGGUAUUGGUGUAAAGAAGGUUCCAGGUUACAGUACAAUUCAAAUUGACAAUAAAGUUUAUAGAUUUGGAGCAGGAGAUAUAUCUCAUUGGCACUUCCUGGAAAAAUUUCCAAAUUUGGCUUUGGAACAAUUAUGUAAUGGAUCAUGUUGGACCAAUAAUGAAACUAAAGUAGAAUACACAUUUUUGAGCUAUUCAUAGUCUUCUCUCUUUCUCUUCUGGUUCUGUAACCUAAUAAAGUUUUUGAUGGCUAUAUUGAACUA